AUGGAAUCAUACUUCCAGUACAAGCGAAUUCAGCGUGCUGUGAAAGUGCAGGUUGCCAACGAGAAAUGCAGCGUAAGCAGCGCUGAAGAUGGAUCUGAUAACAAUGACAGCCGCGGCCUUUCUCCUCCGCUAGGGAAGGAAUCCUCGAGGACCCAAGCAAAAGAACUGCAGAAUGAUGAUAUUAUUCUUGUGGAUUGGGAUGGCAAAGAUGAUCCCCUGAACCCAGCCAAUUGCAGCGUUUCGCAUAAGCUUUUCAUGACCCUUUUGGUGUCCAUGAUUGCAUUUGCAGUCACCGCAGCUUCCGCAAUUGACGCCUGUGGCGUCAAACAGUAUAGUGAAUAUUUCAAUGUGUCUGAAGUGGUCGGCUCUCUUGCAACAGGUCAGUUGGUGAAACCGAACAUGAGAUAUGACAUGCUAAAACAAGACCCAGGUCUCUUCCUUGUCGGUUUCGGAGUCGGCUCACUACUUUCUGGUCCCUUCUCCGAAACAUUUGGACGCAAUGCAGUCUAUCUGAUAACCAUGCUUGUUUUCCUCAUCUUCAUCAUGGCGUCGGCUGUCGCUCCCAAUCUUCACAGCCAUUUGAUCUUCCGUUUCUUCGCUGGCUUCUUCGGUUCCACUCCUUUGAGCUGCGCUGGCGGCACUGUUGCCGAUCUAUGGAAUCCAGUUCAAAAGGCAUAUGCGUUCCCCGCAUACGCUAUCCCGGCAUUUAUUGGCCCGAUGGUCGGACAGAUCAUUGGUAGUUACGUGCCCACAACACUUGGAUGGCGUUGGCUUGAAUGGCUUAUGCUAAUUAUGGGAGGUGCUAUCCUUGUUCUGGUUGUUCUCAUGCAACCAGAGACAUAUGGAAACCUACUUCUUCAGUGGAAGGCUUCGAUUCUUCGCAAAGAGACUUGCGAUCGGAGAUAUAGAGCUCCAAUGGAGUUGAGAAGGGAGAGCCUUGGAAGGCGCCUCCUGACUGCCAUCUAUCGACCAUUUUUGUGGAGUUACACCGAGCUUAUCAUCAUUCUGAUGUCAGUGUAUCUCACUGUGGUGUACAUUGUUCUGUUUACUUUCCUGGAGGGGUACACUUACGUUUUUGGAGAACCAUAUGGGCUAUCGCUAGGCUUAACUAAUGUCUCCUGGGCUGGUAUGCUUGUGGGUAUCAUUCUGACUGGCUGUACCGUCCCUUUGGUAUAUUCGUGGACCGCAAAAGAGUAUCAAAAGACCGGUCGUAUUCUUCCCGAGACGCGUCUUUGGUAUUCAAUGCUUGGCGGUGCACCGGCUGUACCUAUCAGUCUCUUUUGGAUGGGCUGGACGAACUAUCCUUCUAUCUCGAUUUGGUCCCCACUCAUUGCAUCUGUGUUGUUUGGUUACGGGAUCAUGUCAAUUUUUAUUGUUGCGUAUAUGUAUAUCAUCGAUGCAUAUGGCGUGUAUUCGGCUUCGGCCCUGGGCUUUCUUGCGUUCACCCGAUACGUUGUUGCUGGUGGCGUCACUGUUGCUGGAGGGCCUAUCUAUGAAGCAAUUGGUGCACAUUAUACACUUACUAUAUUGGGCUCUAUUAGUGCAGUGAUGGCGGUCAUUCCUUACCUGCUUUAUAUCUAUGGUCCUCAGAUUCGGAAACACAGCAAACAUGCAGUCAAUUUAGAUUGA